AUGGCAUCAGCCUUGUCGACGAAUGAUGUCCAACGUGGCCGCGGUCCUGGAGGGUCGAGCAGUUCUCGAGAUCAGCGGGGUCGAUGCGAAGGCGCUGCUGCAAGGUUUGAUGACCAACGACAUGGGUCUUCUGGAUGAGAACGGCAGACUUCCGAGCAUAUCGGCGGCGUUCCUCAACCCCAAGGGACGCGUGAUAGCCGACGCGUUGGUGACGAGAAGCCCCCGACACGAGGCGAAGGGGAAGCCGCUUUACAAGCUGAGGUCCAAGGUCAGGAUAAAGGACGCUACGGCUCUGUACGACGUUUUGGUGUCGGGAGUGCGAGACCCCUGGCAGGCGCCUGAGAGGGAGGGAGGAGGGGACGUGUCCCCUGCGGCAGCGGGACGUUUGGGUGAUGGUGCUGGUGGUGGCCGGGAGGCCCGUUUUCCGGAUCCGCGGAGCGCCGCGCUUGGAGUGCGGCUGAUUCGACCGAAGGACGAAACCGGGCCAGACGGUGCUGAUUGGCCAGACGGUGAUCCCGUCGUCCCAGAAGGUCGAUACCAUGCUUUGCGUAUGGCCAACGGAGUCGGGGAAGGGAGCGAGCUGCUGGACUCCAUUCCCCUGGAGUCCAAUUUGGACCUACUGGGGUCGAUCUCCUUCACCAAGGGCUGCUACGUCGGACAGGAGCUCACGGCGCGGACUCAGUUCAAGGGAUUCGUCCGAAAGAGGGUGCUGCCCGUUCUCUUUCCAGAAGGGGCCCAGACAUCUUUCGACCCUAGCGCGGCCUCCGACGAAGGAGAACGUCAAGGAUUGCUGCUGUCGAGAUGGGGUGGGGUUGCUGCUCCCCCAGAGGCCGGCUCUAAGGUUGUAGAUCGGGCUGCCGAGGACGGAAGGCUUGGCGCUCUCGUCUCGGUAUCUCCAGAGUACAACGUAGGGCUGGCCAUGCUCCGUCUGGGCAAGGUUUUGUCACCCGCUUCAGGGGGCACGGAUGCCAGCAAAACGGGAAACACGGGGUCGGCGGGGGGCCAAGAGGACAGCCUGGCCCACCCAGCCUUGGACUGCCGUGUUGUGGGUGCGUCGAGCCAGGGGGAAGAGGAACGGCGACGGUGUUUGCCUCUUAUCCCGCCAUGGUGGCCGGUUGAUCUCGACCCGACCACCGGCAAAGUCCCGGUUUAAGUUUAUUACCGAGGUGGCAGCUCGAACACUAACAGGGUUUAGGAGACAUUGGCCCUGGGUGUGCCCCUAUUAUUGCGGCGGGCUGUGUCGCGUGGUGCGUGGUGUGGAAGAAGAGGUGGAGGAGCGUGAGCGUUGAGCUGUUCCGCUUUCUUUCAUGUGCUUCUCUCUGCUGUUACGACUGAAAAGACAGUCACCACGUGCCUCAGCGUGAGCCAGAUGGAUCUUGUAGGUGGUUCGGGAAAGGACCGCGUGCUACGCGGCGCCAGCGACUAUAAUAUCAUAGCGGGCCCUCCUCGCUUGGUGAAGUUGUAUUUCCCUUCGCGUGGCAGUGAUGUGUUUCAUUUGCAACUGAUGAAAACGCGUGUCUGCAGACUUUUCGCGUGCCACAAUCUGGGCACUACAGUACAAUGAGGACAAUAUAUAUUUAGCACUACCUCGAUACAGAGCUCACUCAAUCUGUAGACAGCAUCGUGGUGGUGUCUUAUGCGCCUUCCACCGAACCGGUGGCGUUGUAUGGUACUUCGAAGCUAUGUUUUCAUCUAAUUUUCUU